UUUGCCUCCGCUGCCCUUUUGCAUGAUGAACUGUGUGUUGCCCUCAUUUGUUUAUCCUCUUAGUCACGGCGUCCAAAUCGAUAGGGCGCCAGCUCGCUUGCACUCUGGACCGGCGCACAGUCCAGGACGACACACAUCUCGGGAAGGUCUCGCAAAGCGGCUAGACUGGCACCAUGACGGCGGCCGGACCACUUCUGCUAGCUUUGAGCAUCACGGCACUGGCGUGGGGAGUCCAGGGGAAGAAACAAGUAUCAGGAAGCGCUGCCUUGUACUUGGGCCAGCCCAGAGACACAUGGAGGCCGCUGAUUCACAUCGCCGUCAACCUCACCAAGAUAAGAGACAUCAAGUCGUCCUUCCAGUUCAGGACGUACGACCCGGAGGGCGCCAUCUUCUACGGGGACACCAAAAACGGCAGGGACUGGUUCGUUUUGUCUCUGAAAGACGGAGUCCCGCUCAUGCAGAUCAGCCGCAGCGGCGUCCUCGUCAACGUGGCGGGCGGGCCUAAGCUUAACGACGGCCGCUGGCACACGCUGGAGCUGAGCAACCACGGCCAUUUUGUGAUCCUCGACGUGGAUGGCUCGCACGGGCUGGUCGUGGGCCUGCAGUCUAAUACCAUCGAGGAGGUCAUUUCGGGAUCCCUCCGACUGGCGCUUGGCGGGAUCCUGAUCCCGAAAGAGAGCCUGUUUGUUAAGUUUGAGCCGCAGAUGGACGCCUGCGUGCGGGAGGGCAGCUGGCUGAACCUUAGCAUCCCCUGGGAGAUGGAGGUCGACGAGCUGCGGCCGUGCUAUCAAACCAUCCGACCCGGCAGCUUCUUCCCCGGGAACGGAUUGGCCAUUGUCAACGCCUCAGUUUUGCAGACGGACCUCGAACGCAGUGUGACGAUGGAAUUGUGGGGAGAUUUCACCAAAAUGGACGGGACCAUAUUGAGCAUCGGGACUCCCGGCCAUGCGCUCACGUUGGCGCUAAGUGCCAAUAAUAACACCAAGAAAGUAACACUCUUGCUCGGUGGCCACGUGGUGAUUCUGAAAGAGAACUUCAAGAGGCUGGAGAUGACCUUCGGGAGCGAUUCGCUAGAAGUGCGACACGGUGGACAUGAAGCAAAUGAAAUCCUCAGCCCGAUGAAGCACGCCGGGCUUUUGAACAAAUUGAGAGAAAGCCACAUCGCCAUCGGCGGCCUUCUCGGUGAAGACAACGUCGGCUCCCGCUUCUUGACAGGCUGCCUGGAGAAGGUGCGCAUCCAAGGAAAGGAUGUAGACCUGGAUCGGGCCGACAAACACUGGUCCAUCUCCUCUCACAGCUGCCCCAUGUGAACCACAAGCGUCCGGUCUUGCUUAUACAAAGACAUUUACUUAAUUCAGACUUUUGGCGGAGGCAUAUUUGGGAUAAUUGUGCUAGCUCGACGUUGACAUGGUCAAGCAUGUCCAAUAGUGAAUAAAAUGAUGUCAUCUUAGACUGA